CCACCUUAUAAAAUCCACACCUCAAUCUUCUCUUUUCCGUUAGCCUUUAGCUUUUCUCCUUUCUUUUUCUGCUCUGCGAGUUAAAUGCAAAGCGGCGGUGGCUGCGAAAUCGCUGACAAAAAUAAGUAAAUAGAGAAGCCUUUUUCGCAGCUUCCCAUCACGUACUUUGAUUCCAUUUCCAGUCAACGUUCUUCUGCUCUGUUAGUUACACGAACCGAACCCAAGCAAAAGAUAAGAGAAAUGCUGGAAACUGUCAAGUACCUCAUCGGCUCAGCCGGCCCCAGUGGCUUCGGCUCUAAGUCCACCGCCGAACAAGUGACUGCAGCCUGCGAUCUGCGUUCCAUCACUGCCAUUAUCACCGGCGCUACUUCAGGGAUAGGAGCCGAGACAGCGAGAGUGUUGGCCAAGCAUGGAGCGAGGCUGGUUCUACCGGCUCGGAGCUUGAAAGCUGCGGAGGAUACAAAAGCGCGUAUACUUUCGGAAUGCCCUGAUUCAGAAAUCAUUGUUAUGGCGCUUGAUCUUAGCUCUCUUAAUUCUGUUCGCAACUUCGUUGCGAAGUUUGAGUCUCUCAAUUUGCCUCUCAAUCUCCUCAUAAAUAAUGCGGGCAAGUUCGCACACGAGCAUGCAAUAUCGGAAGAUGGGAUAGAAAUGACCUUUGCCACUAAUUAUCUUGGUCAUUUUCUGUUGACGAAAUUGUUAUUGAAGAAAAUGAUCGAAACUGCAAAAGAAUCCGGCAUCCAGGGCAGAAUCGUUAACGUUUCAUCUAGCAUUCACGGCUGGUUUUCCGGAGAUAUCAUUUGGUAUCUAGGGGAAAUAUCCCGCAAUAAAUGUCAUUACGAUGCUACACGUGCUUACUCUCUCUCGAAGCUGGCUAACGUUUUGCACACCAAGGAGCUUGCUCAGAGAUUGAAGCAAAUGGAAGCCAACGUGACCAUCAAUUGUGUCCAUCCAGGAAUAGUUAGAACCAGACUCACCCGAGAACGAGAAGGCCUACUCACAGAUAUGGUGUUUUUAAUGGCUUCCAAGCUCUUGAAGACAAUUCCUCAGGCUGCUGCUACUACUUGUUACGUAGCAACUCAUCCCAGACUGUUGAAUGUUUCUGGAAAGUAUUUUGCUGAUUGUAAUGAAGCCUCUUCAACGUCGAAGUUGGGAUCCAGCUCAACAGAAGCUGCACGGUUGUGGUCCGCCUCUGAAAUCAUGGUUUCUAGAGACCCAAAAGCAGUUUUUGACCCACUCAGUGCCACAGACUAUGUGGUGCAUAAAGAAUAUAUAUAAUAAAUUAGGACAAAUGUAUUAAAAAAAAAGAAAUAUUAUUAUUAUUACUUACAUACAAAAGAUAUAUAAGGGAGUUGAUCAUAUUUAGCUAGCUAAGAGAGAAACAUACAAAUGUACACAACUUAGAUCGCUAUUAUGGUUUUUGUAAUUAAGUUGGUAAUAUUUUUUUUUUUGUUUAAUGGGCUAUAAUUAUACAAUGAUUAUGGAGUAGAGGUUUUUGAUUGGAAAUGAUAGUGCUUGGAAGGUAUACUUGUGCCA